AUGGAGCAACAACAACCACCACCACAACCAAGGAAGCUUUGCACCGGCGCAUGGAUGUCCGUACGUUCUGGGCAAUGGUCUGGAUCACUUCCACCACUACCCCCAACUUAUCCAACCAUACCAGAGGACCCCCAAACAGGUGGACCCUCCAACCCUACUCCUAUUGUGGAGCUACCUCAACCACCACCUACGGCUUAUGACCCCUAUCUACAAGCGGUCAUUCAAAACGCUUUAUACCCACCUCCAUUUCCUCUUACUUACCAAAACCCGGGCUAUCCAAACCCCGGAUAUCCAUACCCGGUUUUUCCGCAACCACAACCAUCGCAACAACAAUUACCGAUUGAAGCUAUCAAUCAAGUGUUGGAACGAGCAGAACAAAUCCAACAACAAGCAGAAAAGAAUGAACAGAGGAUGAGCAAGAUAUUCAAGAAACUCUCCAAAAUAGUUAAAGGAAGGAGAGAUGAUUGA